AUGAUUCCUCGUCCAAAGAGUAUAGAAAUAUACAACAACUAUAUGGGAGGUGUUGAUCUACUUGACUCGAUGUUAGGAUACCAUAGGAUACUUAUAAGGUCAAAAAAAUUUUACCUAAGAAUAUUUUUCCAUUUCCUCGACAUGUUGUGCUGUAAUAGUUGGAUAUUGUGGAGAAGAGCUCUCACUGAGAACAAUUCUGAUGACUAUUUGCCACUGGCUCAAUUCAAACUUGGUUUAGCAGAAAUUCUAACAAGAUCCCACGUAACUUCAAAAAAGCGAGGCAGACCUAAUAGCUCACUACAGCCUCAACUGGAUUUAAAAAAAGGAAAUAAUAUCCUUUUGCGGAAAUACCAGCCCAAGAAAUUCGUCGCGACAAUGUGGGACAUCUUCCUGAGUGGCAUGAAGAUCGCCAAAUUUCCUGAGUGUAAGGGAAAAACACAAGUUUGGUGUGAUAAAUGUAAUGUUAGAUUAUGUUUGAACAAAGACCAUAUACUCAAGUCAGCCCACAUUACAGGUGAAUACUACAUCAAAGGCUCCUUUGAUGUAUCCCAACAAUUUAACAGGUUGCAAAUACCACCGGGACAUGUGAUCGCAAGUCUAGACGUGAUUCACUUUGCUCCAGAAGUGUGGUAA